CUACUAUCAGGCUUCAUUACUUUCCUGUCGGCUGUCUGCACCUGUAGUGUCUAAAAAUGGACCGGUUCAGGGAGGUAUCUGCCUCUGAGAAGGAAAGGAAGCCAGCAGGGGAGGAGAGUGAAGAACCAUACAGCACCUCUUCUGGAAUGUGGACCCUGUCUGAGGGGGAGUGUCGUCGUCUGGAGACUGAGAUCUCUAGUCUGGAGGAGAAGCUGAGGUUCAUGAAGAGAACGUUGGAUGUUGCAGCUCUGCUGCUGACAACUCUGGAGGAGAUGAACCCACAUGAGCUGAAGACAUUUCAGUCUUUCCUGACUAGUGGCCUGCUGCCUGACUGUCCUCCCAUCCCAGAGAGUCAGCUGGAGAACGCUGACAGACAGGUCACAGUGGAUCAGAUGGUGAAGACAUACGCCCCUAAUAGAGCUGUGGAGAUCACUCUGAGGAUCCUGAGGGGGAUGGACCAGAAUUAUCUGGCAGAGAAGUUAAUGAGAGAUUACAGUGGAGGUACUGCCUCAACCUCUCCCCUGUGCGGGUACCCUCCACGUCCCCCCUUCCUCUACCCUGGCUCGUCCGAGGAGGUGUUGUCGUUAACUUCUGCUGGUAGCUCAGGACAGCUCAGCUCACAGGAGGAAGCUGCCUCUGAGAUGGAAAGGAAGCCAGCAGGGGAGGAGAGUGAAGAACUCCCCAGCACCUCUUCUGGAAUGCCCCGAACUAUCUUUUCCCAGUAUGGUUACCCUACAGGUCCUCCUCCUCCUUCCUUUCUGCCUCAUCUAGGAAGUUAUUCUGGUAGCUUAGGACAGCUCAGAUCACAGAGACCCCAAAUAUUGUCUGGUUCAGCUCUGCUGCUGACCACUCCAGAGGAGCUCACUGAAGAACAGCUGACUAAUGACGAGCUGCUUAGCGUUCUUUCCAUCCCAGAGAGUCAGCUGGAGAACGCUGACAUACAGGUCACAGUGGAUCAGAUGGAGAGAUACGACUCUUUGAGAGCUAUGGAGACCACAGAGACGUCCGAUAGAUAUUACAGUAGAGGAAAGAAAAGGAGAACAAAUGAGCCACCAUCCUGGCCUGGUCUCGUUUCCAGGGAUAAAAAGAGUGAGGAGGAUUGUGUCCCACUGACUGACGGAGCUCCGCCCAUCAUCAAACAUAAGGAAACCCCAAAGCUGGAGAUGGACUGUCCUCCCAUCCUAGAGAGACCACUGGAGAUGGCUAACAGUCUCAACACAGAGGUAGCUGUGAACACCCAGGAGAACACCCAGAGGAUGGACGAGGAGUUGGGAAGAGAAAGGGGUUCUCCUCUCUUCCUGGAACACCAUCACACGAGUUCUCCAGAUGAAUUUACACCUGAAAUCCACGAUCAGGACAACAGGAGAGAAUACCAGUUCCAGUGCCCCAGUGCAGGUCUGUUCCAGUGCAGUAUAACAGGCCUGGUGUUUAGGAUGGAGGGAGAGGGAGAGGUGCUCUAUAGGACAGUCCCCUGGAACAGGAGGCUUCUAGCCCAGAGUGGCAAAAGGCCUGCAGGACCCCUGUUCAAGUUUACAUGCCUUAAGGGGUCUGUCUGUCAACUACACCUCCCACACUGUGAGAUCUACAAUAGUGGUUUACCAUGUGACUUCCUGUCUGUAGCCCAUGUGACUGAUGAAAACAUGGAGUUUAUCCGUCCACAUAAGAUAACAGAAACGCACGUCAUAAUAAAGAUCAGUGGAUUCUCUGCUUAUGGUGACGUCAAGGAUGAAGACUCACCCACCGUUCCUAUAAGAGCACUUGUCUUGUUGUUCUACAAACCCCCAGUUGUUCCUAAAAAGUGGUCCAUCCUGAAUGUGCUGUUGCUUCCCAGAAAUGUUGUGAUCAGGGAGGUGCAGGAGGAGUGGAUAAGAAGGAAUGAAGACAGAAACAUCUAUAUUGAAACAAAUUCUCUAUAUUGAAAUAAAUUCUCACUGCCAACUAACUCCGAAUCAAGAAUACAACCUCUCCACAGAUCUUACAGAUGAAUAUCUAAUAUCUAAUAUCUAAUAUCAUCUAAUAAUAAAACCAAAGGUGAUAUCUGAGUUAGAGAGAGAAUAAUCAUUGUUUGCCCAUGCAAAUGAUCUUAUGACGUUACCUUUAUAUAUUUAAUUAUUAUAUCAUUUGAUAGACUAACACUAUCUUUCUACCAGGAUGCAGAAUUUGUGGAUUUUGAAUCCUAUGAAAACUACAUCCCAACAUUUCAGUUGUUCAUACAAACUGUUGUUGAACAAGUUAAUCUUCUUCUGAAAGAAAAUGGUGGUGUAGUGUCUGCCUGGGACAGACUUGUCUGGCUUCCAGGUAAGUAUUAGUAUUAGUAGUAGUAGUAGUAGUAGUAGUAGUAGUAGUAGUAGUAGUAGUAGUAGUAGUAGUAG